GCCGGUAUCUACGUAUUCGUGAAUAUAUUUUGAGUAAUAUCCCUAUAAUACAUAGAUACUCGUGUAUAUUUUACUGUACAGUGGUUAUAAUAAUAUCGUAAUUAUAUUAUUUUAGCCAAUUAUUAUGUUUAUAAAUUAUGAUUACUUUAUUGCAUUGUUAAAUUAGCUUUUGUAUGUUUUUAAAAUCAAAAAUCAUUUAGGAUUAACGUAUAUUAUGUCAACGAGUUAAAACGAAUAAUUAAUAUUAUCGUUAAAGUACCGAUUUCCAUUCAUCUACACACAUAAUAUUAUAUUCAAGCUGUUCAUAGUAAAGAAAUUCCAGUUUGGAUUAUGAUUACAAGAAAUAAAUAAGAUCAUAUUUUUAGUGCAGAUUAACAAUAAAAAUCAAGCAAAAUGUCCAAGAAGGGUGUGUACAGACAAAUAUAUGUCACCAUAGUCGCGACGUUGUCGAUAUUCAUCAGCGGCAUGUGGCUGGGGUGGCCGAGCUCGGUGGUGGAGAAGUUUAUCAAGCACGAGACGGAUUUCAACGCGACCAUGGGCGAGCUGUCGUGGAUCGUGGCCACAAUGGACCUGGGAAACGUGAUCAGCCCGCUGCUGGCCGGCCACCUGAUGGACUGGCUUGGCCGGAAGCCCAGCACCGCAGUGCUCGGGCCGCUGUUCAUGAUCACGUGGGCGCUGGCGCUGUGGGUGCCCACCGCCUGGGCGCUGUACACGGCCCGUCUGCUGGCCGGCAUGGGCAAGGGCAUGUCGUACACGGUGGUGCCCGUGUACCUGGGAGAGAUAGCGUCGCCCGCCAUACGCGGGGCCCUGGGCAGCGUGUUCUGCCUUCAGCUGCACUUCGGCUUCCUGCUGGAGGCCAUCGUCGGGCCACUGGUGUCGUACCGGACGCUGAACGCCAUGUCUGCCGUCGUGCCGAUCCUGUUCUUCGUCACCGUCGUCUGGCUGCCCGAGUCGCCGUAUUACUUGUUGAAGCGCGAACGUCGGCCCGAGGCGGCCGAGUGCCUGCAAUGGUUCCGGGGUGGCGGUGACGUGGACCACGAACUGGACCGGAUGGCGGUGAACGUGCGCCAGGAGAUGGAAAACCGGGCCACGUUCCGGGAGCUGUUCAGUAGCCGGAAGGACAUGCGGGCGCUGGCCAUCGUGGUGGUCGCGUGCGCCACGCAGCGAGCGGGCGGCAUCAGCUGCAUAAUGGCCUAUUCGGCGCUCAUACUGCCGGACGAUUCGCCACUGUUGAACAAACACCAGUCGGUCAUGCUGUUCGCCAUCACGCUUGUCGUGGCCAACUUCGUGGCUGUCGGACUCGUGGACAGGGUGGGCAGGAAAUCUCUGCUAUUCAUAUCCGAAGUGGGCAUGGGCGUGGUCACGCUUACGUUCACCGUGUACUUCUUCUGUUCCCGCGGCAGCGGCGGAGAGUGGGUCGUCCGCGAGCUCUCGUGGCUGCCGUACCUUUGUCACUUGUUGUUUGCCGUCAUGUUCGCGGCGGGCGUGGGGUUCGUGCCGGUCGUGUUCCUCGGCGAGAUGUUCCCCGUCAACAUCCGGUCGCACUGUUCGGCCAUCGCAUCUAUCACUUUGGCGUUCUGCUCGUUCGUCACCAACAAGAUUUUUCUGUUCGUGUCCAAUAACUACGGGUUCUAUGUCAUGUUCACGCUGUUCACCGUAGUCAAUUUUUCCGGCGCGUUCUACACGUACAAGUACGCCAUUGAGACGAAGGGCAAAACGCUCCAAGAGAUCCAAGAGCAGCUGCAGGAGACCGUUGGGCCCCGCCGAGAGAAGUCCGAUCCAAAUGAUAAUUAAAAACGUACAAUUUUAUGAUUAGGGAUAGGCAAUUCUUUGAAACACAAUGCGACGGGAAUCACGGAGAAAAAUUUCCAAGACUUCUCGAGGACGUGGUGAAAUUAAAGAGAUUACUAAGACACUAAGGAAACAAGUUAUAGUUUACGCAUCACGAAGUUAUUUAACUAAUAUAUUUCAUUUAAAUGUUCAAGUUUUUUACUAAAAUAUAAUUUUAAAAGUAUAAGUUAUAUUGUUAUAUUGUUAUAAAAAUUAAGUUUCAAUUGUAUAGGAUGUCUGCAUAUUAUAUAUAUAUUUUUAAAAGUACUAUAUAAUAGCCAAUAGGGGUGACCGGAUAUAGUUGUAACAGUUUUUAUAAAAUUAUUUAUUUCUGCCAAAAUUCAAAUUUGUUUUGUUUGAUUAUAUUUUUAAUUAGUGAAGUAAGUUGUUAUCUUUAAAAACAUUAGAAUGUUAAACCUAAAUUUCCAUAGUUUGUUAAGUAAAUAUUAAUAUGGAAAAAAAAUAUGUUACAAUUGUAUUGUACCCUGUACAUGAAUAAUAUCGUAGCAGCGUCAAGAACAAAUGUGACACAUAUAAUCAUAUUUUUUUGAUUUUUAUCACGUUAAAAACAUAUAACAUAUGAUAAAAUAUAACAUUAGUAAACAGAUUUUGACAAAUUAUUACACAUUAUUAUUCAUUAUCAGCCUCACAAUAAUUAUCACAGAUAUAAUUAGCAGUAAAAUUACCUAUGAUACAAGCUUCGUUUAACCACAAUUAAAUUUUCAACGACAAAAUUGAAUGGAAAAUUGUCAUUUCUACUAUUUGAAUACAAUUCUGUGCAAAUUAUACAAAACGUGGUGUCCUCUUCAUUUUCGCGAACAGUAGUUUUUUGUUUAUUUUUGUAUUUUGUUUUUAUUUUUUAGUUUCUUUAUCAGUUUGUCAAGUAAUUUACGUUUAACCUCUAUCUUAUUCGUGCACAACUGUGAUAAACAUGUAAAUUAAUGUUUGCUUACAAGUUUAUUACAAUUUUGAUCGAAAAUAAAAUGUUACAUUUAUACUCUGUAAACUGUUACAUUAGGUACCUAUUCAAUAUUUUUUCAAAUACUUAUAUGUACAUAAGAAAAAAUACUUACUUGUCAGAGUGUCCUGACCAAAACCAUCUAAAACUAAACGAUUUUAGGUUCAUAUCAAAAUCACAAUAAUUAAACAGAUAAAACAAAUUUACUCGAGAAAGAACGUACGUGUAAGAUUGUAUUAAAUUUACUAUCUGUUAUUAAAAACACUUCAUUUUUUUUCGAGCACCUAAUAAAUUUGUUAUUAUUUUGGUAAGUCAAACAACGAUUAUUAUGCAGAAAACGAAAACGUUAUAUUUAUUUGAGAUUUUUUUUAUUGGUAUGCCGUAUUUACAAUUAAUUUCCCGUAUUACGAUUGUACCAUUCUAUCGUACAACAACUAUACCCAGUCUCCUUAUUCUAAACAAAAUUACUUUUUGUUUCUUUUAAAAAUAGUAACUUGCUGUACCGUCUGUAUCUAAUAUUGAAUAACCGUCUUGUACUAUCUAUAAUACCUAUACCUAUUAAGAUUUUGCAAUAUAUUUUUAAAUUAAUAAAAUGUCUAAAAUA